AUGAGACCUAGCAUGACUAGAGGCCCUGAUGGCCCACGCAAAUAUGCUCAUAAUGUCGACGCCGCUCGAGAACGAGAAAUGCACUUGUACCUCCCGUACUGGGGCUACUCGACAUCAGAAAAGUUUGCUCAAGAAUCAUCCGGCAAUGGGCCAAAUGCAUCGCGCGACAAUGUUCUGACAGUAUUCGCUCAAUUGGCAAGCUUACGCUUGAAUGCGAAAAGAGCCCUAAUUUCGCUUUUCGAUCGGACUACUCAGCAUGUUGUGGCCGAAGCAACUCCUCGACUUAGUCUUCGUGGCGCCAAGGAUGAUGACAAGAGUCUUUGGCGUGGCGUUCAGCAGCUCCCGCGAGAAAGUAUACCAAUGUGCAAUAUGGCGAUGCACACGUUUGCAAAGAACGGAGAGGAAUCUUUUGUUGUCCCCAACCUUACCCAAGAUUCCCGAUUUCAGUUCGAUGCAUCGGUUACGGGCCCGCCUCAUAAUCGUUUUUAUGUCUCCGUCCCCAUAAUGUCACCCGACGACUAUGUGAUCGGGAGCAUUGCUGUCUUGGACGAUGAGCCAAGAGUGGCCAUGACCGAGGAGCAAACACAGUUCUUACAGGAGCUCAGUCUAACGGUCAUGGAUCACCUUAUAUCGCAGAGAGCUAUGCGCGAGGAAGACCGCGAAGAAAGAAUGGUCAGAGCACUUGGGUUAUUCGUUCAAGGGAAAUCAGAUCUUUCCGAAGGAAUUGACAGUCGCGAUCAUGCCAAGAACGAGAACAAGGCCGACAAUCAGCUUGCCGAAAUAAAUCAAAAGCUAGAAAGCUUUCAGCUCUCAGUGGUCAUCUCUAAUACCCCAGAAAAGCCGGUGUUGGAAGAAUCCCGGCCUGAUCACACGAACAAUCAGUACAAUGGCCAGGGAAAAAGCCGGAGGGGAAGAAUUGCAGAAAUCACGAGCUCUACAAAGAGCCAGACCGUGGAUGAAGGCUCAAAAAGCAGUAGGAGUCGAUCUCCUAUCCAGGAAUUCAAACGCGACGAGAGCAAGCUGAGAGGAUCAGAGGAGAAGGAGGAAAAUAAGCAGCGACCGCCUCUCUCGCCCACCACAAGCCAUCUGCAGGAGAAGCUAGCUCCAUCUAGCGUCCAACGCAUACUUGACCGGGCUUCGCGCUUGAUGAAUCAGGCGUUAGAUGUGGAAGGGGCCACGUUUCUUGAUGCAAAUGUGUAUGCUCGACGUCAGAUGAUCGGUCCCCCAGAUGAGAAAAGCGAUAGCGACCCCCGUGAUUUCGAGAUCGAUUAUGAGACGCAAACCCACUGGGAAUCCAUGGGAGCCGAGAAUUCCGGGCCUAAGAGUUUGGUCUUAGGAUAUUCAACAUCAUCAUCAGCCUCGAGGGAGGAUAUUGAUCAGCAAGCACGACACUAUAUUUCUUUGCCGGGUGCCUUCAUUAGCCAUCUCAUUGAAAGGUACCCCCGCGGAAAGAUUUUCCACAUCGAGGAUGAUGGAACUAUCGCAGUGAGCUAUGAAGGCUUGGCGGAUGAUGUGAGUCAAGCCUAUUUCGUUGGUGGAAAGAAAGUUGCCGAAGGAUCCCCUCAAGAAAAGGAUAUCCGCCAAGAAACCAUGGACAUCAAGUACCUCCACAGGGCGUUGCCAGAUGCCAGAUGUAUUGGUAUCUAUCCAGUUUGGGACUUCCAGCGAAGUCGAUGGUUUACCGUGAACCUGGUUUGGACUAAUGACCCUGGACGAGUUUUAUCGGAACCAAAAGACCUGACAUACAUGGCUGCUUUUAGCAACAGCGUGAUGGCCGAAGUGUCUAAAAUGGAUUUGGAAGCUGCCGAUCGAGCAAAAGGGGCUUUCAUAUCGUCUAUCUCGCAUGAGCUACGCUCUCCACUGCAUGGAGUGCUCGGUACCAUUGAGCUACUGCAGGAAUCGGUCAGCACUUACUCCCAAAGGGGGCUUGUCGAAACAGUCCACAGCUGUGGUCGGACUUUGCUUGAUACACUCAAUCACCUGCUGGACUACGCCAAAAUAAAUACCUUGACGCAGCCCCGGGGCAGUGGCGGAGAGGAAGGGAAAACAAACCGCUCGAAAGCAAAAGCAGCAGUUCCUGGUGUCAUACAAGACCAAAACCUCAGCUCUCUGGUGCAAGAAGUUGUCGAAGGUUUAAUCGCCGGACGCGAGUUCUUAGACAGAGAGGAAAAUUAUGCACCCGGAUCACGGAAACGAGAUCGCAAAUCUUCCCAAAUGUCUGAGAAUGGAGACGAUCGAUCUCGACUGCUGACGGUAGUUGAUAUCGAGUGGCAAGAAAACUGGCAUUUCACAGUCUAUGCCGGCGCAUGGCGCCGGAUAGUCAUGGAUUUGUUCGGAAAUGCCCUGAAAUAUACCGAGGCAGGCUACGUCAGUCUCUUCAUGAAGCGAGAUACCAUUAGCGUACACGGUGAAAACCCAGUACCGGCUGUUCGGAUCACUAUUGCUGAUUCUGGACGGGGCAUAUCGCAGGAUUAUCUGCUCCACGAUCUCUACACUCCCUUCAUUCAAGAGGAUACUCAGUCACCAGGUCUUGGGGUAGGUCUGAGUCUUGUACACCAGAUUGUCAAAUCACUCAAUGGAAAAAUUAAGAUUCGGAGCAAAGUAGGCGAAGGAACGGAGGUUGACGUUAUUCUUCCCAUUUCUGGACCUGAGUCGAUUCCCGCAUCAAAAUGUCCGUUCCUUGGCCUGCAAAAACGCCUGAAGGGAAAGAGUGUUUCAUUUUUCACAAAGAGCUUUGAAAGAAGUGAUCUUGGCAUCAAGCAGCAAGUCUUUAGUGAUAUUCGAUCUAGUUUGACUCGGAUGGUGCGAGAUUGGUUUGAUCUGGAAGUUCUGGACCAAAGCGAGUUGCGGCAAAAGCGCCCCGAUUUCCUGAUUGUCACUGAACAUGAAUAUCGGACUUUCGCUCAUAGUCCUGAGAACUCUGACAUCCGACAGUCAAUAGAACCCAAGCACGCAUACCCGUUGAUAGUGUUGAGUGGCCAUACAGGUAACUGGAAAGUGGUGAAGGAGAAUUCACAAGAUCGGGCGAUUUUCCUCUCACAGCCAGUGAGCCCCAAAACCUUAGAGAAGGUCUUCAGUUAUUGCCUCGACAAUGAAGGGAUUGAGUUUGAUGAAGAUUCUAUAUCCCCACCGCUUGUUGAGAGUCACGAGAUUCAACAAAUCUCUGGAAUGAGCCUCAACAACUUGGGUUCGACGGACCCAGAAAUGGAUAAGGCCCGCAACGGGGAUGAUUCUGGCGCACUCCCAGAUGAUAGACCAAUUGUACUUCUCGUCGAAGAUAACCCAGUGAAUCUGAAGAUCAUCGAGGCAUGCGUCAAGAACGCGAAACUACCUUAUGAAACCGCCGUCAAUGGCCUCGAAGCAUUGAACAAGUACAAGGCUAAGAGAUUUGAUGCAGUUAUCAUGGACAUAUCGAUGCCCAUCAUGGACGGGCUUUCAGCAACUCGCGAAAUGCGCCAUUUCGAGAAGAUGGGCAAAUUGGAUCCGAGCAUCAUUAUUAUUUUGACUGCGUUCCUAUCCGCUGAGACGCAGCAGGAGGCGGCGAUCAGCGGCGUAAACGAAUUUUUGACGAAGCCCACACCUCUGAAGCAGCUAAAACAGAUGCUGCAGAACUUGCCACGGCGCAAGUCCUCGAUUAACUCAUGA